AUCUCAUGAAGCAGCUACUGAUGACUGGCCUCAUUUAUUUUUCCCGCAUUUUAGGAAAAAUCUUAGGUUAUGUGUUGUCAAAUAUAUCAAAAGUAUUGAGAGUAUGAUAUUAUCUGAAAAUAAUUAUACUAACCUAUUAAUAAAUUUGUUUAUGAAAUAGGUCACAACACUGACUAUAGAUAUGUAUAAUCAAAUAUUAGGAAACUUGAAUACUUACUGAUAAUGUAUGUGUGGAGAAGUACAAAGUGCAGCUUAAUAUUCUAACCUUUCAGGGCUAUUCAAUUUUUAAAAAUUCUGUUUUAAAAAUAGUUAUUAUUUUUUAAAAUAUUUUUUCAAUGUAUAACCCAAGAACAUUGACCAGGAGUGUGAUUUCGGGUAUUUUUAAGAAUAUAAAUAUGCGAACCAAACAUAUUUCUAAUGAAACUAAACCAAUGAAGAUGGAAAAGGCACUGAUUGUAUCUAAGUUAUCAAGAUAUGAAUAUGAAAAGACAAAACAUAAAAAUCUUUCGGAUAAAGAAUUAGAAACAUUGUUGAGAAAACGUGGAUCAAACUAUGAGAAACUCAUUUCAUUCCAUUACCUUCAUAAAGAAUUUGAAGAGCACUUGAAAAAUACUCUACUUGCAUUGGGUACUGAGGUAGAAGUAGUUAAUAGAUUCUCAUGUACUGAUGAAAAAGUAGAAAAGGCAGAUAUUAUAAUACCUAUUGGAGGCGAUGGAACAUUCUUAUUGGCAGCUAGCAGAGUGUUGAACAACAAAAAACCCGUGAUAGGCUUUAAUUCAGAUCCUACCCGUUCUGAAGGUUAUCUGUGUUUACCAAGAUGGUGUUCAUUAAAUGUUUGCAAAACUAUAGAAAAACUAAAACAGGGUGAUUUUCAAUGGUUAAUGCGUACUAGGAUAAGAAUAACCUUAGCAGUAGAUGAAAAGGAUCGUUUAAUGCCACAAAGUUUGCAUCAUGUAGAUGGACACUUUUUACCUCCAUUAAAAGGCAAAUGUGCUCCAAAUGUUUUACCAGUAUUAGCACUAAAUGAGGUAUUUAUGGGCGAAACUUUGUCAGCAAGAGUAUCUCAUCUUCAAAUGAGACUGAACAAUACAGAGCAAGUUACAAAUGUCAAAUGUUCAGGUAUUUGUGUGUCAACUGGAACAGGCUCUACUUCUUGGCAUUUAAGUAUUAAUAGGGUUUCCAAUCAAAGUAUUGCUGAAAUUUUAAGGCUACUUUCCAUUAAUCCCGAUGAAGAUAGAGAUAAUUUAGCCAGAACAUUAGCAAACGUUUAUAAUAAAAAUCUCAUUUUCAAACCUGAUGAUAAGCGAAUGGGAUACACAAUCCGAGACUUGAUAUCAUCAGGAGUUUGGCCUCACCCUAAAGGAAUUAAGCCGCGGGGGUUCGUUUCUACAAUUGAAAUAAAAUCUCAUUGCUUUGAUGCAUAUUUAGUACUAGAUGGAGGUAUAUCUUUUCCGUUCAAUGAUGGAGCUGUUGCAGUGCUGGAAACUUUACCAGAAGAUGCUCUUAGAACUGUUAUAUUCCCCAAAUGACAACUGGAUGUUUGAUAUGUACUGGAAACACAUUUGGAUUAUAUCAAAACGAUGUUUAUAAGAUGAAGAUGGUUAAUACACUCAGUAUUACUAGCAUAUAUUAUAGAUAUCUAGUAUUACGGCGGGGGAAGUAUACCAACCCAGAUAAAUAUUAGUCAAUCCUUUCUUGGUUGUAAUCGAUCUACUGCAACCCGAUGAAUAUUACUGAGACUAAUAAAGAAACUCACAAUUGGGUCCUUGAAUAAAAAAUUUUGAAAAAAUCAGAAACAUCAGUUUCCAUUGUUUAUGAAAAUCAUAUCAUUUUUAUUAACUCGAAUGAUGACUUUUUACAAACUAAUUGUCAUAGUCGAAUUGAACUUCGAUCUAGAUGAAUUUUUACACUACUUCUUCUAAAAUUCGUCAGAUUUUAGUAACAUACUUUUAAAAAAACCAGUUGGAAUAUGUUUAGGUCAAUAUUCUUUUAGUAUUAUUAAGUUUUUUUAUUAUUAUUUCAAAGUCAAUAAAUUUGUAACCUUG